GGGGGCGUGUCAGUAAAACUGCUGUUACUCUCUUGUGUUUUAUCAGAGUGUUUAUAUUAAUUUAGUCGUACCCGUGGUGCGCAGUAACAGGGGAUGAGCUAGGGCGCUGAAGGCGACAUUAGUUUAACCUCGCUGAUCCUCAGACCCACCUUUAAUUUACCUGAAGCCGCUGCACUCAGCCCCACAUGGACCACAAUGCCGAGCAAACAGCCACGACGCCGAGGACAUGCUGCAGCAGGUGUUCCUGACAUAAGAUCUGAUCAGAGAGACCCAGUCACUGUGGACAGACUGGCAUUCAAAUACAUGGAGAUGUGUAAAGUGGAUUCAACCUCAGACUCUGAGUCAGACACAAGCCCACGAUGGUCCGACGCCAGCAGUAAGUCUUUCCAGGGAGGAACAGGUCUUAAGAGGCCUACUCUACCACAGAAGCCAUUUGGACGGCACUAUCAACAGACCCUGGACCCCUAUGAUGGAAGCUCAGAAGACUCUGCUUCCUCUGCAGAUGGUGCAAAAAGACAGAAACGUGGAGGCUUCAGAGUGAAGGGCAGAAGCUGCAGCAGAAUGGCUGCCAAUCCUCUGCCCUCUCAUGAAGUGCGGAGGCCAGGACUAAGAGAUUCUGUACCUGUGAUACAGUUUGGAGACAUCCACAUGAGGUCUUCCAGUGACUCAGAGCUGAAGGUCAUUAGCCAUAGGGACUUUCAGUAUAGCCCCAGAAAUUACACCAGUACCAGGAUGGCAGACAAUCACCCUCCCCUCCAUUCUGCAAAUCCAUUUUGUACAGGGACAUCAUUUCAGCUCACAGACAGAUUACUCAGCAGCCCCACUCACACUGGAGCACUUUCAAAAAGGAAGAUGUUUUGCCCAUUUGAUGAUGGCGGUGAAUACAUGCACAGGAAGAAGCAGUGCACCACGCAGAUGGAGACCGAGUCUAUUUUCUCAUAGAAAUAAAGCAGUGU